UAAUAAUAUAAAUAGUAAGGAAAUGUCUUUGCGAAAUUAAAUUAGCAAAUUCCUCUAUUAAUUAUUACAUUUAUAUUUUAUUAUGUACGAACGGUGCGUUACUUAAACUUUUAUGCCACAGAGCAGAAUGUCGGAUGAAGUAUGAAGCUUUUUAAGUUGAUAGUGCAUCAGAAGAAUUUCAGUGGAGAAGACUUGAUCAUCAAUCCGAAGGAUUAUCCCGGCAUAAAAACUGGUGAUGUUGUUGAAAUUUAUCAUCCCGAAGAUGAGUUCAGUCGCUUGUUGUUGCAAGUUACUUCCUUUAAGGAAGAUCUCCAGGGACGCGAAACCAUCAGUGUGGAAAGUAACGUAGCGUCGAUGUUCCAACUGCGAACGUUCGCUGAUGUUUACAUGAAUAUAGUAAAUCCCGAUGAUGUAGCUCUAGAUUCUAUAGAGUUAACUUUUAAGGAUCAAUAUAUGGGACGUAGUGAGAUGUGGCGUUUGAAAAAUAGCUUGGUAAACACUUGCGUAUAUAUCAAUAAGAAGAUAGAGUUUUGUGGUGGUAGUAUACGUUGUCAGGUAUAUGAAAUGUGGUCACAGGGUGAUCGUGUUGCUUGCGGCGUUAUAACUGAUGAUACUAAAGUAGUGUUUCGAUCUUCUACAAGUAUGGUGUACCUGUUUCUUCAAAUGAGUACUGAAAUGUGGGAUUUUGAUAUACAUGGAGAUCUUUACUUUGAGAAAGCAGUUAAUGGAUUCUUAGCGGAUUUAUUUCAGAAAUGGAAAAGGAAUGGCAGCAAUCAUGAAGUUACCAUAGUACUGUUCUCAAGAACUUUUUAUAACGCAACCAGUUUGGAGGAAUUUCCGAAUUAUAUGAGAGAAUGUUUGCAACAUGAUUACAGAGGAAGAUUUUAUGAAGAUUUUUAUAGAGUUGCAGUACAAAAUGAAAGAUUUGAAGACUGGAGUAAUAUCUUGGUACAGUUACGUAAACUGUUCACUGAUUAUCAAAAAAUUGUUUUGGAAUAUCACCAAAAACCAGGUAUUAAUAUGCCUAAGGCAGUAAAUUCUACUGCUGCACAGGGUAAUUUUCUGGAAGUGUUGAAUAUGUCUCUGAAUGUUUUUGAGAAACACUACUUGGAUCGCAGUUUUGACAGGACUGGUCAGUUAUCUGUAGUUAUUACACCUGGAGUUGGAGUCUUUGAAGUUGAUAGAGAGCUGACAAAUGUGACAAAACAAAGAAUCAUUGAUAACGGUGUAGGAAGUGAUUUAGUAUGUGUUGGGGAACAACCACUUCAUGCAGUUCCAUUAUUAAAAGUACUAUACUAUAAANAUUCUUCUAUAAAUGCACCAGAUGAUUAUAGCAUGCCUCACUGGAUAAAUCUUAGUUUCUAUUCCACAAAUAAAAAGAUUCCUUAUUCUACAUUUAUACCACGAAUAAAAUUGCCGCAAAAGAUAUCGAAACAUCUGACAGAUAAUGACAAAUUACAUUGCAAAACCAGACUUCUGCAAGAAGAUCCAAGAGAAUGUCUGCAUAAUACAUUAUUCGAUUACGAUGCUUAUGAUGCACAAGUGUUUCAAUUACCCACAGUUCAUACUUCAAGUGUACAAAGGUUAAAUACAAGAAGGAAAAAGACAAGCGUAGUGUGUCUUGAAACUCAUAAUAAUGGCUAUUUAUUAAAGCUCUUGAAACGUAAAAUGUCGGAUCCUGAUAUACAUCAUCCACCACCUGAAACACAUUCACCGCCAAUUCUUGCAUUACGAAGUGCAGCGAUAACAAUACCGCACAAAACUGAUGACAGUAAUAUCGAAUCUAAUGAGGAUAGAACUGGUGUAUCCAAAACGCCAGUUAAAAGCGAUUUAACUGACUCUGAAAUAUCUCCACCUUUUAGACCUGUUGUUGGUAGUGCUGGUAGUCCAACAAAUUCAAUUUCUCAGCCAACGAAUAUACUUAGGCCUGGUAGAGCAUUAAUCAAUCCUUUUGAUCCAUCACAUGUUACCAUUAAACUUACCAGCAACAGACGACGGUGGACUCAUAUAUUUCCGAAAGGGCCUACAGGAGUUCUAAUACAGCAACAUCAUUAUCAAGCUGUUCCAAUGCAGUCACAUUUGGAGUCACAAAGUGAGGCUAUAUCAUCGACCAUAAGUGGAUCUCCGAUGGAAGCUGGGGCGAAUAAUUCACAUCAGAUUUCAAGAUCAGAAUCUCAAACAGGAUUUCAAGAUUACACGAAAGGAAAGUCAUCGCGACCUAAUCCUCCAAUAGUUGCUAAUGGAGAUAAAGCUGCGAAUCCUUCAGCUAUGGCAAAUAAAAGUCUUACUCUCCUGUGGGGUGCUACUGGUGAGCAGGAAUGGACGCCUGCUCUAACAACAGCAAUCAUAGGAGUCGACUGGAAAUCUUUGACAAUUCCUGCGUGCCUGCCCAUCACUACUGAUUACUUCCCAGAUAAACGGAGUUUACAAAACGAUUACGUUGUGUCGGACUACAAUCUUCUUCCAGAUGAUGUUAACGCUGAUUUUGCUCAACAACGAGCAAUAUACAAGAAACCGCUUACAACUGUCGAAGUAUUUAAAGAACUGGUCUCACAGCGUUUGGCACAAGGUUUCCAGCUAAUUAUUUUACCAUCACUUAACAAGAAUCAAAGUAGCGCCGCUGGUAGCAAUACUGUUCCAGCGAUUAGUACAGUAAUGCGUGGCAGACAGACUGAAUCCGAACCUAAAGAGGAAUAUCUACUUAGUAUUGGAAGAAUUUUUCAUAAAAUAUCACUGUUUGAUAAUUCUAUAACAGUUACAAGAUACCGUCCACGGCACCCUUAUCCACCCUUUAAUAUUCACUAUCAAUAUCGAUUUCAUGCUCCGCAUCAUGAUACGUAUGAAGUCUCACGAGUGUCUUUUACCACAGAAAAACUUGAGACCUAUAACUGGAAUUAUCUGGACCAUUACAUUUGCACACGAGGUCAUACUGAUUUUGCUUUAGUGGAAGAUCUUAAAUAUAUUUUCUUUCAGGCUCUCAAAUAUUGGAGGUUUCGAGUAUUUCUAUUACCAUAUAAUAAUCCUGCGACUCGUAAAAUUUUAGAAGGUUCUCCAAGAUGCGAUAUAUACACUACGCUUAGUAAUGCUGAACAAGCAUCAUUGAUGGACGGUUUUUUGCGCUUUAUCGAGGGCUGGCUGAACAAAAUACGACGACCGAAUCCUAAUAAAAACUGGCAUGAUAUGUUUCAGAGCCCCACAGCUCUAGGUGGUGUCCCUCCAAGAGAUCCUGCCUCUCAUUUGACCAGACGCAGGCACAGCACGAGCCUGAUAUUCCUCACUAACCAGACCAAUCUAGUUGGCAGCUCUCCUUUCAGGGAGCGACUCGGGAGCAACCGUCUGCCAGAGAAACCGAGACCAAGAUCUGGUUCUAAAGUAAUGGACAGAGGACGCGUAUCACCUGCCAGUGAAGCUGUUUUGCCGUUGUCGCUCGAGCAACAGCAGCAAGAUCAUUUUGAUGCUAAUGACGACAGUGCAAACCAGGAGCUAACCAAGAUAAAAAGCAAUGCAACAAACGUGGAAAUUUUGGAAGCCAUGAAACAUCCUCAGACUGGUGUUGGUUUCUUAACACAACAUCCCUCGCUCCCUAGCCAAACAUUUGUUAGCGCCGAUGCAAUCCAAUGGUUAAAUAACCAUGUAGAAGGGGGCAUGGAAAUUGAACAUGGUAUUAAUAUUAUGAAGGGAAUGAUUCAAGACAAAUUGAUAUGUCAUGCAUCCGGUGACUUCUCACAACCCUUUGUCCUCGGAUUUUAUUUGUAUCACAUCGUACAGGAUAAAGAAAAUCAAAAAGCCGCAGACUAUUCCGCUCCGCUCGGGAAUUUGCAAAGUUUUGAGAAUGAAUGGGUAGAAAUAGAGAUGAGACCAUCGAAAGGCUGGUGUGAACCAACAUCUUCAACAACAGUGUCCACAGUAUCUACAAUUCCUAGUUGCGACACUAUUGAUGAAUCCAAUGUUCCAUCUUUUCUGAGAGAUGAUAUCGAUUUAACUGAAUCAAUGGAUGAUAGAAAUUGGACAGUGCCGUUGUAUAAACACACUCAUUUGGAUAUUGAUAUCAAUAAUAAAAGUGAUAGGAUCGAGUGGGGUCAUUUAAGAUAUCAGUCUAUUUAUAAAGUAGAUAAUUCUUACGAACUCGUAGUACAAUGGGUAGCAUCAUCAGGCAGUAUAGUGGCUGAUCUGAUAUUCGUUUGGCAACGCAAAGCUCAAAUGUGUGGGAUACAGAUGGUACCAAUUCCCAGCGAUUUGUUGGCGCUACCAUAUACUCUAAAGAGUGAUCCUCUUAGAGGACCUAUUUUUAUACCACUUGAUACGGAAUGCUUAAUGACAAAUAAGCGGCACCUCUUUGAAGAAUUCCGAGAAGAUACCUAUGCGCAAAGGUUAUUUUUAUUCCAAGAAGCAAUUCUGCAGAGAUUUGGCUUCAUGUCAUGCUUAGUCGAAAAUACCGAAAAUGAUCGUCAGUACGUUCAUAUCACUGGCAAUGCAUUUAUAUUAGUGCCAUUCAGUACGAAUACUCGGCCGCGUCCGCGAACUGCUACCAAUGUCGUGCGGCGAAAUACAGGACAAAAAAGAUAUCCGGUUCAUCCGGAUCAGUCUAGUCCGCACGAAGCGUACAUUACCAGACAUGUUGGUGGAAAAAAGGAUGACCAUAGCACAGAUAGGAAAAUGGGCUUUUUAUGGUCUUGGAAUCAUAUGGUAAGCCGUAAGUGGAAGUCGUUGUCUCUUUCGGCGGGCGAUGAAUUUUUCCAGAAGAAAAUCAUACAGGAUUUUCGACACUUUUGUUCUAAUGGAGACAAUAGACUUAAAGAAUUUUGGGAAUCUUGUUGGGAGUUAAAAGAAAAAACUUGUACAAAAGCAAAGUAGCAAGAUAUUGUUUUUUCCAAAGAUUUAUAAAAUUAUUAUCGAUCAUUUUGUGUAUUUCAUCAAAUUGUUAUCAUUGUCACUCGAUUGUUAGCUUAAUAUUUCAUGUGUCGUAUGACAAACUUUUUAAGCAUGUUGAUUGGCUGCAGAAUAGAGAUCUGAAAACCUCUUUGUCUUGUAGCCAAUCAAUAGGCUUGAAAAACUUUAUCAUACAACACAUGAAAUAUCAGCAGUCUUCUUAAUUUACCAAAAAUACAAUUGUAUCAAUGUUUAUAAGAUAUAGUUGGUACAACUCUUGUA